CGUCCGCAGUUUUGCUUGUGCGCGUACCGCCUUACGCUCAUCACUUCAAUACAACACGAGCUUACGCGCGGUGCGUAUUAUAAUGAACAAUUUAUCAAUUUAGGUUAUCAAUAAAAAAAAAACAAGUGAAGAAACUACUGAAAGUGCGAGAAUAUAACUGAUUAGUGAACAUGAAAAUUCUAAUAGUGUUUUUUGUGUGUGUUUUGAAGCAGACAUCGGGAGUUAUUUAUUAUUUAAAUGAAACGGAGUAUGACCGUCUACCACCCUUGUUCAAAUUGGACGAGUUCUACCCGUGUCUCCGCAGGCCGGGAGACCGCUACUGCUACGUCACCGCCAAGCUGACUGCCAAUACUAGCAAUGAACUCUUUCAUAUCAUACAAGAGUAUUCAGCCAACAACAUCACCCACUAUGACCACAACGAAAUUCAUUGGGGCGUCUGCGUCACAAAGUCAUGUCGGCAACACCUCGAGAAUCACACAGACGCCAACACGGCUCUCGAGGCCUGUCUCAACUCCUCGCUGGAGAAAACCCACCAGCUGCAAGCACGACUGGUCGAAGACCAGGUCUACUGUACUGAGUUUGGGGAAACAGUUCCUAUAGACAACGGAGAUAUAAUUGUAGCUACAGUCCUUGUUGUGAUCCUGACUUUAAAUAUUUUUGGGAGUUUUUAUGAUUUCUGUUUCAUCACGGAGAAGUCUGUAGCUGCCAGAGUCCUGCUGUGUUUUUCGGUGAAACGCAACUGGAAGCGGCUGUCUGCUCCAUCGGGAGAGGGUCCAGAGCCUCGUCUGCGACGGCUCAAAAUGUUCAACGGUGUCAAAUCGUUCACAACAUUCCUAGUAGUGAUGGGGCACUCGCCAAUGGCUGCGCUCAUAACCUCAAAUAACACGCAUUUCAUAGAGUUGUCGUACUACGAUCCGAUAUUCCACAUCUUCCACAACGGUAACCUGAUCGUGCAGAGUUUCUUCAUGAUGUCCGGCUUCCUUCUCGCCUUUAACCUGCUGGUGGUCGAAGAGAAGGUCAAACUGAAAUGGAACAAGUUCCCAAAAUGGAUCAUGCUGAGGUGGAUGAGGUUGACCCCACCGUACGCUGCAGUGCUAGCUGUAGUGGCGACAUGGAUGAGACGUUUUGGCAACGGACCCAUGUGGCAGACGGCUGUUGGGGUGGAGGUGGACGCUUGUCGCCGGGAUUGGUACUACCACCUGCUGUAUGUUAACGACUAUGUGGACUACUCGCAGUGCAUGUCACACACGUGGUACCUAGCAGCAGAUUUCCAGCUAACCAUCGUUGGUCUUCUCAUCUUCUCCUGCCUUCGAAGCUGGCGGGCCAGGAAGAUCGCCAUUGCCAUCACGUUUAUUAUUGGAGUCAUCACACCCGCGGCUCAUACUUACUUCCAGAACUUGAGCCCUAUCCUGAUUCUUGCACCUGAAGUCGCUCGCCACUACUUCGUGGAAGAUCCUACCUUCAACAAUCUCUACAAACGUGGCCAUACUAACAUGGUGUGCUAUGCAUGGGUAUGGCCCUCGGAAUGUGGGUCUACAAGCUCAUGAAUGACAACUUUGAUGCCGCUAAAUUUAAGAAAUACCGGAUCAUCUACUGGGCCACUUUCCCCGCCGGAGUUUUGCUCAUCAUUUGCGGAGGAAUCUUCUACAUCGAUGGCCUUUACAUCCCGCUGGUCGUGCGUGUGGUCUAUGCGCCUACCAUCAAG